AUGAGCCAUCUAGCUACACCUCGUCCACGACAGACAACAGAAACGGCGACGAAAAACGUCAUUGAAGAAAUCAAGCUCUCCCUUUCUGCAGUUGGAACGACUUUCGAGACCUUGAAUGAAAAGUCGGCAGGAUUGGCCGCAUGUGUGCCUGACGUGCUACCGGAGAUUCAGUCGUUGCGGAAGCAGAUCAGGGAAGAACACAAGAAAUCGCAGCAGGAAAUCCAGCAAUUCAAACGGGAGGCACGGGACGAGGUCAAAGAGAGGAUUGCAGCCAACCUGAAGGAGGACCUGCUUGAGUUUAUUCGAAAAGAGAUUACAACUCAAGUCGAAUCGGAGGUUAACGUUCAGCUUCAGCAGCUCUUCCCCAUCAGCCUGAAGCAGCAGUCUGUGAACAACAAGGCGCAACUGCGGGAAGCAAAGACAUCGCUCAGUAAUAGUGCAGCGCGCAAAAAGAACGCACAGCUUAGAAUUAACGACCUCGACGAGCCAAUGAUGCCAGUUUUGAAAGCCGAUGGAACGCGGUCCACCUUAUUUCCAGCUGAUUUGAGGGCUUUGUUGGAUUAUGGGGUUGAGGAUGUGCGUGGCUUGGUGAGAGACCUUGGCCUGAGCGAAGAUGCGCAAAACAAGCUGGUGAACAUUAAUACGUUCCUUGGGCAUGUCGGGGUCAUGUUUGAGCUGGUUGUGUGUAGAUAG